GAUCUCUAACAAAAUUGCACUGGGGAGAAUCUGGUUCUUCAAUUUUCUGGGAUAUAUCAGAUCUGAAGAAACUGAAGAGUGAAGUGGUAAUCGUUGAUAAGUGUAUGUUCAAGGGAGGAUUGUUUGGAUUUACUGAACUGUUGUUUGAUGUGGUUUUGGAGAAGAUAAGAUCUGUGAUUUGUAAAACCCAAAACGGACUCUUUUUGUACUUGCUUGAUAGAUCUUCAGUUUUUUGGGAGUUGAAUCAGUUAUUGUUUAAUUUAGAAAUGGAGACACUUGUUGUUGUUUCUCAACAUAAGAAUCACUACUAUGAUAGAACUAGGGGUCAAGCUCCUAUUCGAUUUGGAUCCUUUGGGUCACCUCCUUCUGUAGGGUUCAAAGAGAUAAAUUGCGGGAAUUUUGAAUCUGGUGUCGGUAUACUUCCUACCCCGUUAAAGGCCUGCUCCACACCAGUCACUAAAAAGGGUUAUUCAUCCUCGUUUUGUUCCAAAACACCAUCACCCCCAUCAUCAAUCCAGGGUAAAUCUCACUCUGAACUUCAAAAGAAGUCGAAAAAAUCAGCCCACAGUAGUGCAGUUUCAAUACCUAUUGACAUCAAACUGGGUGGUGAUUCGAGAAAGGAGGGGUCUUUGAAUGAUGAAUUUGCUUAUUCUGAACUUUGGGCUGGUCCAGCUUACUCAAACUCACCUCCACCUAGUUCUUUGCCAAUCCCCAAAUUUUCUGUUAAGCCUAAAAGGACGGUUUCCCUUGACCUGCCUACUACUUCACCCUUCGGCAUUGAUUUGCUUCCCUUUGCUAAAUCUGCACCUGCAUCCCCGACCCGGGAGCGCAGCCCAUCUCCAGGAGUUCUAUCUGACUGUACUGACUCUGCGACACAGACUCUCCGUCGCAUUCUCAAUCUUGAAAUUAUGGACUGAGUGUUGCUUGGGGAGGGGCUACUAAAGAAUAAAUAAGGCAGUUAUCUAGUUUGCAAGUAUCUUUUUAGUAGAUUGCAUAUAGGUUAAUAAAUCAGUCUUUAGCUUGAUUGGUGAUAGUUGGUUAGGUUUGUUGUGGUGGAGAGCAGCUUUGGUUCAAUGGUCGAAGGGCUACAAUAGUUGUUACAGUGGGCUGGUUAAACAAUUGUGGGUAGAUCAACAUUUCAGGGUUGAUUUGAAGUUGAUUAGUCUUAUGUGCAGAAGUGGUUAAAUUUAGUAGUGGUACAACAACAUGGAGUUAUGUUCUAGUGGAGGUUAAUGGACAGAAGAAACUAUUGCAGUAUUCGGUAUAAUGGCAGUUCUUUGCUGAGUCCGCAGGAUUGGUUGCUCAAUGAUCUUUGAUGCUCUUGCUGAUCAUCACAUUACCUGUGAUGUUGAAUUCUCGGUUCUUGAUUAUACUCUUCUUAAUAGGUUGUUUUCCUUUUUCUCUCUUCAUAGUCAGUUAGCUUCUGUGUUUGUCAAACAUAUUGUACAUAUACUAGAGCUCUGAUUAGAUUAGGUGGACAGCUAUCUUUCAGACUUUUGUUUUAUACACACUGACCAAAUUCUUGGCCCUCUGCUCUUGAAUUUAGGAUCCUUCUUUGCAAUUUAAUAUCAAAGCCUCUACUGUAUAGAGUAUUAGGUACCCCUUACUCCUUACAAACUUGAUGCCUGAAUUGGCUGGUCAGUGUUCAUUUCAUCUGUGUUCUUGUUUUUUGUUUUUCGUUAAACCUUGAAUAGGAUUUAACUCAUACUUUCCUCCACUCAAAGUUGUUUUCCCCUUCACCAUUUUCUGUUUUUUUGGAAUGAAAAUUGGUAAAGUGGGACGUAAAAGUUAGUUAUAUCCUUUUCUACUCCUGCUCCUAGGUAAGUUGCCUACUGAGCAUUCCUCCUAUGAGUCUAAUUAGUUCUCCUUAGUGGUUGUUCCUCUCGUUUCUCUGCCAAAAGUUUCAUUUGCCUCUGGAGAUUGUUGAUCAUACCUGGCUGUUGACAAGGACCUUGUUUGGAGUCUGAAGAAGAUUGUUGAAGAGGCUGUUCUCCAUGAUUUCCAGUUGGUAGCGUUAUGUCUCAUUUCGUUGCGUCUUUAGUAGGGAUUUUCUCGUAUUACUUGCAAAACUGGUACUAUGCCAUGGUUAUCUUAUGUUUUGAUCUGUGUUCUGUUAAGUCUACUUUUGCGUUUGUAUGAAGGACCAAUGUUAUGGUUACAAGGUUAGCCUUGGUAAUAUAGACAGUGGUAGUUGCUUUUGUUAUUGGCUUUCCCAGAUUGUACCUUUUCAGGGUGUAGUUUAUGCUAUGUUUUUUUCAAUUGAAUUGAAAAUGUUAUCUUUGAUUUUGGUAAA